AUGGAAGUCCUAAAGUCACAAAAGAUGGUUGCAAGUGCAACUAAUUCUGCUGCUGGAGAUGGUACAACUUGUGCUACUGUUCUGACACAAGCAAUAUUCACUGAAGGCUGCAAGUCUGUAGCUGCAGGUGUAAAUGUUAUGGAUUUGAGAAGUGGUAUUAAUAUGGCUAUUGAUGCUGUUAUAGCUGAUUUAAAAAGUCGAGCAGUAAUGAUAAGUACACCAGAAGAAAUUACACAGGUGGCCACUAUAUCUGCCAAUGGAGAGCGUGAGAUUGGUGAACUUAUAGCAAGAGCCAUGGAGAAAGUUGGAAAAGAAGGAGUCAUUACAGUUGCUGAUGGUAAUACUUUGUAUAAUGAACUAGAAGUUGUUGAAGGGAUGAAGUUAGGCCGGGGUUACAUCUCUCCUUAUUUUGUUACAAACACAAUGACACAAAAAUGUGAAUUAGAACAUCCAUUGAUCUUUAUUCAUGACAAAAAGGUUUCAGACGUUAACUCGCUUGUCAGAAUUUUGGAGCUCGCUUUAGGGAAAAACAGACCCCUAUUAAUUGUGGCUGAAGAUUUGGAAAGUGAGCUGUUGGCAAUGCUGAUUAUUAACAAGCGACAAGUUGGACUCAAGGUGUGUGCAAUUAAAGCUCCUGGCUUUGGAGAUAACCGAAGAGCCAAUCUAGAAGAUUUAGCAGUACUUACAGGUGGAGAGGUUAUCAGCGAGGAACGUGGGUUGACCCUUAAUGAUGUGCAACUUGAAAAAAAAACUCACAACACUGAAAAUUGUUUCAAUGGUGAUUUCCUCAUCAUUCCACGGUUCUCACUUCUACUCUCUAAGCAUCUCAGGUUUUCACAAGCAACUUUAGGGGCAUUUAAGGUACUAUAG